CGGACGUUUGUCAGGAUGUCGGCUGGUUCAGUGUAGAUGAGCCCAGUUGGAUCCCGGCUGCCGCUGCACUCGAGCUGCCUGCUGACCCCUGCAUGGCCAAGGAUGCAUCAGAGUUUCUCACCUCCCUCGGUAAAUCAGUUUCCUCCCUCGCGCCCUCUUUGUUCUUCUACCAGCGCUUUAGCUGCAAAACUGAAUUCCUGUCCUACCUGAUACUGUGUGUGGUCAAAAUGCCGUUCAUACCACCCGUGUCAAUCGCUCGCUCGGUGUCAGGACUGACGGGGAAGGAGAGAACCAUCAACCGCUCCUCAUCUUCACCCGCUGUGGCCAAGGUAGGGGAGUCUAAAGAAGACAAGGGCAGCUCAGUGAAGGAGCGGCUGACGCUGAACCUCAAACAGCUGGGCAAGAAGAGCCAACCCAGGAGUCACCUGCCAACCGCCACUAAAGGAGUGUCAAAGAGAAGAGACAGACUGGUGCCCUCAUCCCAGACAGACAGCGCCCCGGCCUCCAGCUCAGGUGAGUCCCUGUCCAAGACUCAGAGGCAGAAACCUGUGAUCCAGAGCUCUGUGAGGAGAGAACCAGAGGUGAAGACGAGGCCCAGGCACGAGGAGGAGGCCCGUUUCACCCUGAUGCUCACCCCUGAGGCUGUUCUCCUGCUGCAGAGGAGGAGCGGUGAGAGGCCUCAACGUCCAGCAGUGAGAAACGCUGAGAGUGUGGCCGGCGUUUCCGGAAGCGCCACCGAUUUCCGACGCCGGAGGGAGAACGUCUCCAAAAGGAAUCAGACGCCUGCGCAGAGACACAGCACUCCAACCAGCAGGGCACCCGGGAAGAACAACAGCGGGGACGAGCUGCGAGACAUCAGCUCCAUUUUGAAGAUCUCACUUCUGAACGAGCAGCACAAGUACGACGACGUGGAGUACGAGGACGAGGGGGACUACGGUGUGGACGAGCGGGUGGUGCUGAAAUGUACUGAGUGGCUCCGUGGGCUGGAGAACACUCCGGUGACUGUGGGGAACAGCCUGAGUAAGAGUGUGAGCGGCGUGAAAAGCUUCUAAAGGUGAAGAGAUGAGACUCAGGCUUCUAUUUCUGUGUUUGACAGGUGUUCACUUGAUUUCAGGUGGAUUACAUAUAGUUUUUUUUUUUUUACAUAUAGCUUUUAAGUUAUUUGCAGAACAGAGGUUUUUGCACUUCAGAGUCGAAAUGACCACGUGGCUGCAAGUAAAAUGUAUCCAACACUGAUCUGUGCUCAUUCUCUAACAAGGUGAUUGGUGCAUAUGUUUGUUAAAUCACUGUAAAAAGAAAAGUAGCUUUCCAACUUAAAAUAAUACUUCAGCUGCUAACACACAUUAAGUUAGCAAU